CACACGUUACCGUUGUAAUGGUAGUGUAGCGCUAUGGCGAUGCUGCGCAAGCACACCAUUUUGGCAUUUGCUUCAUCAUGGUGUACAACGCCCAUGAUACUGCGCGGUCUUCUUCCGUUAUUCUGCACACGGAAUUGCCGGACGACAACGACCUGGACGGCAAGCGCGACAGCAACUCGUUCUUGUACGAGCAACUUGUGGCUCGGAAGCGGUUGAUCAUGGCCGCGGCCGGGUUGCUCGUGGUCGGUGUGUCGAUUGCAGUCAUCGCGUCGACUACAUCUUCGUCGGACGAAGCCAGCCUGACGUCUGGGGUCGCUCAAACGGUUGCCACGACGACGACGACCGUUGCCCCGGCCAAUGCAGCAGCAGCUGCACCAACCUACGACGGCGAAACGUCCGUCGGGUCGAACGGCGUCGACGACUCUGUCCUCACUGGUACAUAGCUCGAUUCAACGACGCACAGUUGCAUUGUUAAUGUAUGCUGUAGAGGUCCUGCCAUUGCCCUCCAACUUUACGUUUGUGAAUUCGACAAACACCACGGCGGCGGAUUGCGCUAUCGUGCACACUCCCGAGCCCACUUUCACGACCAAGUUCGACAACACUACCGUCGCCCACUCGAUUGAAUCUGCGACAGUGUCGACCACCACGGACCCCCCCACCACAGACCCCCCCACCACGACCACAUCAACCCCCCCACCUACAUCUGCCCCCACUCCCCCUCCCACGGAUCCUCCGACCGCUGCUCCGACCCCCCCCCCCACCACGUCGCCGCCAGCCCCACAUUACCCGUACCAAGACACAAACUUCGACUGGCUAAACAUUGAGGAAUGGCAAGGGGACAACGAUUGCUCCCCGUCCUUUGCAUCGGGGGGGUUCCAACACUCCAAGAUCGAAGUAUCAACGUUUGGCAAGCCAUUUAACCAGUCGCCCGUGCUGCGCACCAAGCGCGGAUGGUCUGGCGAGAAGAUUUUGUUUGUCGAGUGGGUCACAUACCCUGGCUCGGACACCAACAUCUGGCUGCUCCCGACGUCGCUGUCCCGUCAAUUUGGCGACUCGCGGUGGCCCAAUUGCGGCGAGUACGACAUCUACGAGAUGUUCAACGGAGACGCCGCCAUCGGGCACAAAGGCACCAAGAACUUAUUUUACGGCAGCGGCCUCGAUACGUUUGGCCAAAGCACGACACACAUUGCAUCCAAGGACUGCUAUGCGCCCUUCUUCGUCAAGCAGCCAUCGGUAGGGUCGCAGGCCGCGCAAUGGCCUGUGCGAUACCACAACAAGAUAUCGAUGGCGGUGAUAUUUGGUCGCGACGGCAACGGCCUCUUCAUCCAGCAGAUCCUAGACCCGACUAUCGUGGAUGGCGCCGACGGCACUGCCGACAUCCAAGGCGGGACCCCCGCCGACAAGAUGUACAACAAUGCCAACACGUACUGGGGCGUCAAGCCUGAAGGCAACUGCGCGGCUGGCCACGACCCCAACAGCGGGUAUCCGUUUUUCGGCGAAUUCCGCCUAGUGUUUCAAGAACAGUUCCAUGGCAAGUUUGAUAUUACCAACAUUCGGGUGUUGGUAAAAUAAUAUAACAGAAUAAUACGAAGCACGUUAUAACAACCAGAGAGAG